CUCCUUAGCCAUGCGAUGCAUGUGCGCUAUUGGAAUCCCGUCACGAGGCUGAUUCUGCAUUCAACAGUUGUACCGAUGUACCGAGGAAGAGAGCUGCGCGGGGAUUGGUGGGCGCAAGGGCCGAAUUGAAAACGACAGGAGGGUCUUGGGAAAGAUAGUCAUUGAGCUAAUCUCUCAAAGACUCAGGAUGGCUGGGUGGAUAUAGUCGCCUGCUUUUUUGUAAUAACCACAGCAUGCGCACGCGACCCAGGGCACCUCCACCCAAGCUUCACCUCAAUAUCGCAAUGGCUCCCCAUUCCCCAAUUGCAGCGCACUUUUCGGGCAAGCUCACAAGUCAAGUGCGAAGGGUCCUACCUGCAUAUCUUGCCCUGCUUUUUAUCUUCCUGUUCUUCGCCAACACACACUUCUUUACUACACCCAUUCGGGCUGCCAACAAUUACAGGCGCGAGCUCAGAUACCAACAGCCUCUGCAGCUAAAAAGUGAUGUGAUUCCGAGGAAGAUUUGGCAGACAUGGAAGGUUGGCCCUCUAGGCUUCGAGAAGCGCGAUUCGGAUUCAGCGAAGACCUGGCCAGCAAAGAAUCCCAGGUAUCGGUACGAGGUUUUGACCGACGAUAACGCGAACGAUUACCUCGAAUUCCACUAUGGCGCUCACGGUAUCAACAGACCAGAUCUUGUCAACCUUUACCGAGAGCUCAACAUAACGAUCAUCAAGGCUGACUUGCUUCGUUAUCUCGUCAUGUAUGCCGAGGGUGGUGUGUAUGCCGACAUAGACGUGGAAUGUCUCCGUCCUAUUGAUCGGUUCAUACCCGAGCGUUACAUCGAGGAGGAGGUCGACAUGAUAAUCGGUGUCGAGAUUGACGAGCCAACGUUCGCCGAGCACCCCAUCCUCGGUGGCAAGUGCAAGUCCUUUUGUCAGUGGACAUUCGCCGCCAAGCCCAGACUCCCAGUCAUGAUGAGGCUCAUGGAGAACAUACAAUCGUGGCUGCAUGAGCUGUCGCAUCAGAAAGAAGUCGAGAUAUCGCAGUUACAGCUAGACUUCGACGAGGUCAUUAGUGGGACGGGUCCCUCAGCGUUCACGAAGGCCGUACUGGAGCAGAUGACUGCACAGAAUCAAGGCAAGCCGGUUACCUGGGACCUCUUCCACAAUCUCGCUGAGUCGAGGCUCGUCAAUGGCAUCCUGGUGUUGAAUGUGGAAGCUUUCGCAGCCGGCCAAGGUCACUCGGACUCUGGUAACCAUGACUCAAGGGGGGCUUUGGUAAAGCAUCACUACCAUGCUUCGGGAUGGCCGACACUUCACCCGCGCCGCAAUCACCCCAUGUACGGUGAAGUAGAGCAAUGUAACUGGAAGCCUGAAUGUGUAGCAGAAUGGGAUAAGAACGUUGCUGAAUGGGAUACGCUGCCUAAAGAAGAGCAGGAUAAGCGCAUCGCCAGCAAACCGGCACCGCCUGGUGGCAUCAAGCCUCACUAGAAUUGAGCCUCUUGUAUAUAUAUAUAUGGGCGAAAGGUGUCCAAAACCGAGUACAUCGGGGUCUACAGUGCUUCUGCAUCGGGUCGGCGCGUGCGGGAUGGGGCGGAGGUGUCGGGUGCUGCCCAUCGCGUCGUUAGCUCGUGGCAGGGCGGGGAGUCGUAUCGAGCCCUGGGAGUCCAUGCGUAGCGCCACGCAGUCUCGUAAUCAACGGCCGCUAUAGCUGCGGGUGCGGUUGGUGGUAGCUGGGAGGCAUGGUGAUGGAGAAGUAGUGGAGCUCGCGUCUACGGACGAUCAAACAGAUAUUGGGGCGUGACGUCAUCGACGCGUCUGCCGACCACACGAAUAAUGUAAUGCCAUACGAACACGACUCAACAAGUAAUUGCUCCUUGCUACG